AUGACCGUUGAGAAGGCCAUGGAGCAAAACCUGGAGAGAUCUACUAAACCUCCCUGUUGGAUGCCUCAAAUUGGCAUGACAUUUAAUUCCUAUGAAGAAGCUUGGGAUUUUUGGGUCAAAUAUGGUGGUCGUAUUGGCUUUGAUGUUCGAAAUAAUUACACUAACAAAAGUGAUCUUGAUCAGUUAGUAACAUCCAGUAGGUUUGUUUGUUCAAAUCAGGGUUCUAGAGCAGAAGAAAAGAAAUAUGUUGUAGCAAAACGUAAUCGAGCUCAUACUCGAACUGGUUGCCAAGUUCGCAUGGGCAUCACUUUACUCAGGGAAACAAUGACAUACAAGGUUCAUGACUUAGCUGUAGAACACAACCAUCUUCUUCAAACUCCACAAACAAGCCAUUUGAUGCCAUCACAAAGGAACAUUUCUAAACACCAAGCAGUCGAAAUUGAGGUGGCGUAUGAUUCUGGUAUUACACCUAAAGCAGCACAUGAGUUUCUUGGUCGGCAUGUUGGUGGGUCAGCUAAUCUUGGUUACACACAGCGUGAUCAUAAGAAUUAUCUGCGUUCUAGGCGCCAAAGGGACUUACUUUAUGGUGAGGCAGGAAGUUUACUAAAGUACUUCCAAGAUAAAAUUGUGGAAAAUCCCUCAUUUCACUAUGCAGUGCAAUUGGAUUGCGAAGAACAAAUAGCUAAUAUAUUUUGGGCAGAUGCUAGGAUGAUUGCUGAUUAUGCUCACUUUGGUGAUGUCAUCACCUUCGACACUACAUUCGGGACAAACAAAGAAAGUAGACCUUUUGGUAUGUUUGUUGGCUUCAACCAUUUUAGAGAGACAGUGGUUUUUGGUGCAGCUUUGAUGUAUGAUGAGACAUUUGAAUCAUUCAAGUGGUUGUUCAAUACAUUUUUAUCAGCCCAUAAUCAAAAGCAACCUCAAACCAUUUUUACAGACCAAGACAUUGCAAUGGGAAAGGCUGUGUCUGAAGUAUUCACUGGUGCAUGGCAUGGUUUAUGUACUUGGCACAUAUCACAAAAUGAAGUAAAGCAUUUGAGUCCUCAACAAACAGAAGGUUCAAGUAUCCUAGCAGAUUUCAGUGCAUGUAUGUAUGAGUAUGAGGAAAAAGAAGAAUUUGAAGAUGUAUUUGAUGCCAUGAGACAAAAGGUGCGUAAAGUGACUUGGUUGGAUAGCAUAUACAAUUUAAAAGAAAAGUGGGCUGAGUGCUACAUGUCAGAUGUUUUCACAAUAGGGAUGCGAAGCCCACAAUUAAGUGAAAGUUUGAAUAGUAACUUGAAAGGUCAUUUGAAAUCAGAUCUUGACAUCGGCAGGUUCCUUAAUCGUGUAGAGCGUGUUGUUGAAGAAAAGAGAGAGAAGGAAUUGCAAUCUGAAUAUGAGUCAAGAAAAAAGUUGCCAAGAAUUAUGAUGAUGACACCUAUGUUGGUACAGGCAAGUAAGCUUUACACACCUGCUUUAUUUGAAGUCUUCCAAGCUGAAUAUGAGAAAUCCAUGGCUACCUAUACGAAAGGAUCAAAUGGAAGUAAUGAUUUCAUAAUUGCAAUUGGCUCACUUGAUGAUCAGUUCAUACUUGAAGAUGAGCACAAGGUGACUGCCAACCCUUUUGAUCAGACCGUGUCGUGUAGUUGUCGAAUGUUUGAGAGAAUAGGUCUACUGUGUAGACAUGCCUUGAAAGCUCUUGAUUUAGUGAACAUUAAAUUGUUGCCUGAAAAAUAUGUAUUGAAGCGUUGGACUCGAGAAGCAAAAUGUGGAGCUAUUCAAGAUAUGCAUGGCAGACAAAUAGUGGAAGACCCCAAGCUGAGUACUACUCUUAGGUACAGAUAUCUGUACCAACAAUUUCUUCCUUUGGCUUCCAGAGCUGUAGACUUUGAAGAAUGUUACUUGCUUGUGGAAGAAGCACUUCAUGCCGUUAGUAAAAAAGUUGAGGACAAAAUAAAACAAACUUACAGUGAUGGCAUUGCAAAGUCGAAUGAUCAGUCAACAUCCCAGUUAGCUCAGAACUUGGCACAUGUCUCUGGUCUGAAGAAAAAGGAGAGCCGGAAACGUGUAACAAAACGGAAAACAAAUUGGAUUGAUAAACUGCAGAAAACAAAAAAGAGAAAGCCUGAAGAAAAGGCAGAGGAGGAAAACUUGCAAACUGAUGUGGAAGAACAUCAAGAAUGUGAAGCAAUUAGCAGCUAUGCCCAACUUCUACUGAUGUCAUCUUAUCUCAAAAGUUCAUUUGAAGAGGUGUCAAUAGAACUUAGAAGGCAUCGUGCUGAUUUGGGAAGCAGAUGA